AUGGACCUCGCUCUCCAGCCCGCUUCCCAGUCGAUGCAGAUGCACGAGGAUCCUCUGCAGCCGCUGCGCGCAAUGGCUGAUAGAGUCGGCAAGGAGGUUGAGGAGUUCGCCGAACGGCUGGACCACUGGUACACCCAGAGCAGCGACAAUGAGAAGACCAAGCACAAAGCCACCCUCAAGGCCGUCGGCAAGUUCAGAGACAUUGCAGAGAGCAAUGUCCGAGAGUUGAAGAAGCAGAAGUCGGCUGUAGGAGAGGGCGAACUGGACCAGUCCACGAAGAAUCGCAUAGCUAGCCUGCUGGACGACGUGAAUACCGGUAAUAGAAGCGUGUCCCUGUCGGCAGAGUCCCGGAGGGAUUCUCUGACGCACCCCACAUCGAGCGCGCAAGCAGAACUACGGGAUUGGCAGGCAGAGCUUGCGACAUGGGAGCUCGUCCGCGUCGUCUUCGACCAUUAUCACCCCGAGCCUGGAACCGACCGCGAGGCAACGAAGGAGGCGCACUUGGCCACAAUUGGAGGCACAGAUCGUCGGAGUCCCAAAAAUGAGGUCUGGGAGCGUUUUAUCCUCGCUGAUGAUCGGGCGAGAGAAAAGAAGAUUAUAUUGAAAUGGCUGCAACAAACGGCAAAGCGCAGCGAACGGAAUGUGGAUUCGAUCAUGAAUCAAUUGGCUAAGAACGCUGGAAAAGAUGUCGACACGUGGACGAGCGGAUGGCUGGAGACAAAAGCCACUAUCAAACAAGUCAAACUCAAGUACGGUGUUGAAGGACCCCUGGACCCUACGUUGCCGGUAUCAAGCCGCAGCGAACCAAAAAUGUUGGUCAGCCGCCUUGACCCAGACGCGCAAACGCGGGAGCAGCUGGCGUUAGAAAAGCCAGACGUGUAUUACGAGCAUGCUCUCUGGAUGGCUUGUUAUGAGAUGCUUCGCCGCGGUGAUCCGCUAAGUGAGAUCAACGACUGGUUCAAAGCCAGAAACCAGGGCUAUCGCGCAAUAUGUAUCGGGGCUUCUGGAGAACCACGACCUGAGGGUGCCCCGAACAUGGGCCCGCCAGACUUAGGCUACCUGUUUCGUCGCACCACUUACCUUGCCGCGCAGAGCACCAGCUAUCCUUACGAGGCUGCUGCGUACGGCAUGGUGUCCGAGAAUUUCCAGAAGAUUCAAGCCAUCUCUCACUCAUGGGACGAUCAUUUAUACGCAUACUACAAUGCUCUUCUGCUAUCCAGAUUCGACAACUUCCUGUUAACGGAACCCAAAGGCCAGCCUCGCGCGCAGAAGCACCCACAACUCAAUUUUCCUGGUGUAAUGGAACACAUCAAUAACGAUUGGGAAAAGGCCACACAGAAGGUGGUCGAGUUGCUGAAGCAGGACGGGCGCACGUCACAGGAAGCGAAAACCCCAAUCAAGUUGAUACAAAGCGCGCUUCUGACCGGUACCCUCGAUGAGCUCGUGAACAAGGUCGGUAUAGCCAUUGCCGAUGCUGUUCAAACCAAGUCUUCGCUUUCUACUUUCAUCGUGGAUCCAGACUAUUCGGACGACGCCGUACGCGAAGCUGGUCCAGAUGGGAUCUUCUCCUGCAGAGGAAAACGUUCGGUGGUGGUUCCGGAAUACUACCAACGAUUUUUGUAUGAGCCCCACGCCCUAAGGAUUCUGGUCCACAUCUUUAUUAUACUUGGGAACCCGCGCGACCCUCUCUCUAAGCAGCAGCAGUCUACGCUGUUCGCCAGAGGCAACGUCAUCGCGGCCUACGUCGAAUUCCUACGGCUUGCCCAACGAAUGUCGCCCAUUCCGUUAUAUGCUGCGCACAUAGAACGAUGGCGCGCCUCUAUGACUCUUGCGCGCAUACUCCCGGAAAUUGUCGACCCCGACGAUCAGAGGCGUUAUGUCGGUCUGAUGAAGGGAUACGGUGUAGAUGUCGAAACAACAAUAUCAAGGAACUUCCAUCACGUUCUGAACCAGACUGGUCUGGUUGUGGGACUGAAGCAAGAGGUUGCAAAACCCAUCUCGAAAUUCGAGCUAUUAGACAAACCUCGGAAAGGUCUCGCUGCGUCCACAUGGCCAAACGGGCAGCAUCUCAAAGAUCAAAUUGUUGCAACCGGCAUACAGAGGGAAGACGAUGCUGUAAUUGAUUGCCUACUAUGGUAUGCCCAUCUUGCGAAUAAGGAUGAGGAAAAGAUUUCCUCGCAAGUUGGACAGGCACUCGCCGUGUUUCUACGCGCUGGUCAUGUGGCCGCUGCCGACAAGCUCGUGACUCAGAUCAGCGAUGGCAACAUCAGCGUGGAUUUGGAUAAUCAUCUUCCCCAUUUCGUUCGCCUCAUUAUGCUCUUCGAUCAGUGGCGCACCGAGGAGAAGAAGUUUAUCCAGUACUACCCUUAUAAGAGCGGCACAAACGAUGCGAAACAAACUGACAUAUUCCGUAACAGAGGGGAAGACUUGCGCAUCAACACCAAAGCCGGUGGACCCAUACUCAGAGAUAUUCUCGAAGGCAUUACCUCCACUAUUUCCGUCAUCCUCGAGCCAAUAGAUGACCCCAGCCACACGGAACUCUGGGACAUAUACAAGAUAUACAUCCCUGAGAUAAUCUUAGCAUACCUUGCGGUCCUUCAAGUGGCCUUCCUUUUCUCCAAGAGAGAGCAUGCAAUUGAAGCGAUGGACCUCACAGUCGCAGUGGCGCGGAAGGAAUGGUUGAGCAAGACAUUCCAAGAAACAAAGCGCAUGCGAGAGCUAGUAGACCGUCUUGCGGAUGUGUCACGGUCAAUGGUCGAGGUUGGGGAGAAAUCGAAGGUCAAGGUGACCAAAGAGGGCAAGACCGCCCACAUCUGGAACCUCAACAGGCAGGGUUAG